AUGUCGGCGGGAGACUCACCAUGCUGCGUGCGAUGCAAGGGCCCGCUAGUGAUGGGCCACGCCUACGAAUUAGGUGGUGAUCGAUGGCAUACACACUGUUUCUCGUGCUACAAGUGCGAGAAGCCAUUAAGUUGUGACUCUAACUUCUUGGUUUUGGGAACAGGCGCGCUGAUCUGCUUCGCGUGCUCAGAUUCCUGUAAAAACUGCGGGAAGAAAAUCGACGAUCUGGCUAUUAUCCUCGCUUCAUCCAACGAGGCAUACUGCUCGGAUUGUUUCAAGUGCUGUAAAUGUGGUGACAAGAUUGAGGACUUGAGGUAUGCCAAGACGAAGCGAGGAUUGUUCUGUAUAGCAUGCCACGAACGGCUGCUUGAGAAACGCAAACACUAUGAAGAGCGAAAGCGACGACUGAAGAAACAACUGCCGCUUAUUCCUGAUAACAGUGGCGGGAGCAACAGUGACACUACCCUCCCACAGCCUGAGCCGGCAAUUCCAGAGCGCUCAAGUCAGCGGCCGCUAUCACCAUUGAAGAACUCGAACCCCCGCUUCUCUGCCAUUUCUAGAGAAGAUGCUUCUUUUACGGUAUCUCCUAACGACAAUCAGCAGCCAAUAUCAAGCGUUUCAUCACUUGCAAUUCCACUAGACUUUUCGGCUGCAACAUCUGCGUCCGGUGAUCCUGCCACUUUGACUGAAAAAUAUGAAAGUUCUGAUCGCGGUAAUAAUAGCACUGUUAGAAGCAAUUCUGAGAGUGUAGUGGCCCAAUUUCUCUUUGACGGAGAUUACAUGAGUACCGCUGAUGAAGAGACAGAGAAAGCUACUCCUAAGAAGCACAAGAGUCAGCUUUCCAUUGAUGAUAUGCUUCAAAUCACUCUUGAUAAUGAUCAGGAUCAGGCCCAAGACCAGGACGAGGACCAGCGCCACGAACAAAACCACGAACAAAACCACGAACAAAACCACCCCACGGAUAACUCUCCGCAAGAACUAUUGGGCCUGCCUAAGGAAUCUAAGAAAGUUCUUUUAAACAGAACACCGCUAAGGAACUCUAAUGAUGAGAACUUGAGCAAGUCUCCUACCGCUUAUAGACAAGGAUUGGUGUUAAAUGACGAAGAUAUAAUGAACGCUUUGAAUUCUCCAGUUAGGGUGAAAUCCCAAGAAGAUCCUUCUGGUCCUGGCUUAGGUAUCUUGACUCCUUCCAAAAGCAAGUCAUCUUGUAACGAGGACAUUGUUCUUGGGCUGCCAUAUGAUAACAUGCCUGCUCGGAGGAGUAUGGACAAUUCGGCCACCUCAAACACGGCCCGUUCCCCGCCAAUAUUCGGUCAUCAUAGAAGAACAUCUAGCGGCAAUGCCAAGAAACUCGGUAGGUCUCUUUCGUUGAGGUCCAAAAGCAUAAUGAUGAACCUAAGGCCCAAGUCCAAGGACGUCAAGAAUGGCACAUCUACAAAAAAUCAAGAUUUUGAUACACAUUCUGGUUGGGGUGUAACAUCUAGCCAGUCAGCAGGGCCUUCACCGUCUCAACAACGGAUCACAUCAAAACAUCAGAGCGAUAGUACAGUUUAUAGUCAGGUUAUCGGCACAAACGGGGAGCAGAACGGCCACAAACCGUCCACGAGUAGUGCCAGUGGGGUGUCAGUUUUCAGAACCCCUCCUUUAGAAAACGACUCUUCGUUCUCUAAUAAAAUUGACGGGGCGCUACAUGAGCAGAAUAAAAGUACGGGAAGCGCUCAGGCGGAAGAAGAUAAAGAGGAAACUCCAACGAAUAACGUCUUCUUAAGAAGUGAUGUCGCACAAAUGGAGCUUACACUACGUCGCUUAAAAGUUGAAGUUAAUCAACUUCAGAGUACAAAAAUGCAGCUAACGCAUGACAUAGACUUACUAAAGUCUUCCAAAGAGUCAUUGCAAGAAGAAAUUAAAAGCCUCAACAAUAUUAAGGCACAGAAAGCUGUUAUAUCUGAAUCUGUUGAGUCAUUUGAGCCAGAAGUUCUCGAUGAGUGGCAGGAGCGUCAAGCGGCCACGGCAAGUGUAGCUACUACCGCAAAACCAAAGUUUUGGAAGCUUUUCUCGGGCGGCAAGCCUCAGAAUGCAAUUUCUUCGGGAUCACAAAACAGAUUCGAAAUUUCAUCUCCUAUGCUACAAAACCCUAAUGAGUUCGAGGAUAUGAAGCUCAUGCCAGUGCAAAAUGACAAAAAAAGUUCAGCGGCGUCAUCACCUAGUGGUACCAAGGAGGGUAGUGUACUAUAUGGCUCUACACUGGUGGCGAGGUGUUCUUUUGAGCACAGCGAGAUUCCAAUGAUAGUGGACACUUGCAUACGGCACAUUGAGUCCAAGGACGAGUUUCUCAGUACUGAUGGACUAUACCGGAAAUCCGGGAGUCAGCUGCUGAUAGAACAAACAGAAGCUUUAUUUGCACAAUGGACACCAAAUGACCCAAUGUCCGAUAGGUUAAGCGUGCAACUUAAUCAGGACAUUCACGCGGUCACCGGCAUACUAAAGAGAUAUCUGAGAAAAUUACCCAACCCGGUAUUCACAUUUAAAGUGUAUGAACCCCUUAUGAGGCUAGUUCGUGAACAAAACCUGCUAAGCACCUUGCCAUUGAAGAGCAAUUUAAACAGCGAGUCUGUUCUAUACCGCAGCACGCUGGCAAAACUUACAACUAUCCUGCAGCAGCUGCCCGAGCAACAUUACAACCUCCUGAAAAGACUCGUUCGUCAUAUCAAUCUGGUGGCACAAUUCAGCGAAUCUAACCUAAUGAACCCGCACAACCUGUGCUUGGUGUUUGCGCCGGGCCUCAUUCGGGACUACAGUGGAGAAAAAGACAUUAUAGACAUGAGGGAACGCAACUACGUUGUUUCCUUCGUCAUUUCCAGGCAUCGAGACAUUUUUGGCUGA